GUAGCCUCAGGCUGAUGCACGACCGCUGGGCGGAUUCAAUGAGUCUCUCCGGGGUUGGCUGCGGGGAGCAGAGCUGCGGCGGCCUUAGUCACAGGAGACCAGCUUCGUCCACCACUGCGGAAUCCCUUUAAGAAAGUGUGCAAAAGGUCAAGAACAAAACCAAAAGCUUCAAGUGCAUUUGUCCUUUUUGAGAAAAAAUGAAUUAAGCGGUACAAUGGCCCUCCCCAAGAAGAAGCUUCAAGGUCUUGUUGCUGCUACUCUCACACCUAUGACUGAGACUGGGGAAAUCAAUUUCCCCAUAAUUAGUCAAUAUGUGGACUAUCUUGUAAACGAACAGGGUGUGAAAAACGUUUUUGUGAAUGGUUCAACAGGAGAAGGCCUGUCACUGAGUGUUGCAGAGAGGCGACGACUUGCAGAAGAAUGGGUGACAAAAGGGAAGGAUAAGUUGGACCAUGUGAUUAUUCAUGUAGGAGCAUUAAGCCUGAAAGAAUCACAAAGUCUGGCUCAGCAUGCAGCAGAAAUAGGAGCUGAUGGUAUUGCUGUCAUUGCCCCUUUCUUUUUCAAAUCAAUGAACAAAGAUGGCCUGAUUGCAUUUCUAAGAGAAGUGGCUGCUGCCGCCCCUAAGGUGCCAUUUUAUUACUAUCAUAUUCCUGCUUUGACAGGAAUAAAAAUUCGUGCUGAAGAACUGCUGGACGGGAUUCAGGAUCAAAUUCCCACUUUUCAGGGGUUGAAAUUCAGUGAUGUAGAUCUCUUAGACUUUGGACAGUGUGUGGAUCAGAACAGUCAACGGCAAUUCGCUCUCCUUUUUGGGGUGGAUGAGCAACUGCUGAGUGGCCUGGCCAUGGGAGCAACUGGAGCCAUUGGCAGCACCUACAACUACCUGGGCAAAAAAACAAACCAGAUGUUGGAAGCUUUUGAACGCCAGGACCUUCCCUUAGCCUUGAACUAUCAGUUUUACAUCCAGAGAUUUAUGAACUAUGUGAUCAAACUGGGCCUCGGAGUUGCACAGACAAAAGCCAUCAUGACUCUUGUCUCUGGGAUCCAGAUGGGUCCACCUCGGCUGCCCCUGCAGAGAGCCUCGGAGGAGUUUACUCUUGGUGCUGAGGCCAAGCUAAAGAGCCUGGAAAGCCACUGCUUCCCCUGAGCUUGAAGGCUGAGCCACCUGGGGCAGCCCCGCCAGGGUGUCUGAGGAGCCCCCGCGGUGUGACAAUGCAUUUCUCAGGGAAUCUUGUAAUCAGCCUGCACUAAGCACUCUUUAGAAAGGAGAGUCCUACGCCAGCGCCAACGGGCCAAUCAAGUAUUUGAAACCGA